GCUCUGAUUCCAGCGCGCCCUCUCCAGAGCCCAAAUCAUCCAAAUCCCUAAUUUGCAAGCGCGCACCGUCGUGUAUUUUUGGAAACAAUUCUAAGAUUCUCUUGCAUUUUCCAUCUCACCCAAUCCGAGUACGUCUCCAGCCCUCCAUGCUGCUACCGUUUACACACGCGCAGUCUCUCUCUCUCCCCCGCUCUUGUAUAAUGCUGUCGGAGUGACGCCGUAGAAGAUAGACUAUGACGAGUUUCGCCGGCGGCGGCUUCCUCCCAGCGAGGAACCGGGCGAUGCUCUCCCCCAAAACCCUGGCCUCGCCGCCGGACUCCGAACUCCAUCCCACCAGGAAGCCCCGCCCAUGCCGGCGAGUCAGCAACGCGGCAUUUCCUUCGGCUGCCGGAUCCCGCCCAAGGAAGGGCGGCGCCGGCUUAGGUGGUCGGAGAAGUGGUCCCUCCACUCCCCUCCUCCGGUGGAAGUUCGACGACGCGGAUCAUUCCACCAAGCCCCUGCAGGAAUCCUCCGGGAAGCCCCGCCGGAGGGCUAAGACUGCUGCCGGAGCGGCACCGCCCGUCUCGGUGAGGAAGAUCGCUGCCGGGAUCUGGCAUUUGUGGCCUCCUCAAGUUAGCGGCGGCGGUGGCGGAGGGGAAACAAGGCGAGCUCGGGUAGCACUUGAGCCUGUUCCUGGCCAUCUGCAAGUCUCAUCACUUUGUAAACCAGAUAGCACAAAUCUCCAUACUACUGCGAAGAAUGAGUUGAUGAGUCCUAUUUCGGUAUUGGAUCUGAAGAAUGGCGAUACGAACAAGCUCAAACCUUCUGCUGCGUUGCCUAGCUCUGCUAUGGAGAGGGCAACUAAAUGGGAUCCUGGGAGCUCAAAAGCAUCAGAUGAGCUCUAUCGGUUCUGUGGUCACUUGAAUCUACUUGAAGGCAAUCAGGUGACUGCAGUUUCCGUUGUUUCUACUCUCCGGGCAGAGCUUAAGCAGGCUUAUGACCGCAUUAGUGAGCUUGAGACAGAACGACAAUCAGCGAAGAAAAAACUUGAUCAUUUCUUGAGCAAGCUUGCAGAGGAGAAGGCAUUGUGGAGGAGCCGAGAGCAUGAGAAAGCCCGGGCUAUAAUUGAUGGCAUGAAGGAUGACUUCAACAGAGAGAAGAAAAACCGGCAGCGGAUGGAGAUUGUGAAUUCCAGGCUGGUCGAUGAACUUGCAGAGGCUAAGUUAUCUGUGAAACGACUCUUGCAAGACUAUGAGAAGGAACGGAAGGCUCGUGAGCUCAUAGAAGAGAUUUGCAAUGAACUGGCAAAAGAGAUCGAAGAGGGCAGAGCUGAGGUUGAAGCCAUGAAGAGAGAAUCCAUGAGGAUCCGAGAGGAAGUGGAAGAGGAGAGGAGGAUGCUACAGAUGGCUGAGGUAUGGCGAGAGGAGAGGGUUCAGAUGAAGCUCAUAGAUGCAAAGAUCACUCUGGAAGAUAAGUAUUCACAGUUGAGCAAGCUACAAAAGGAUAUAGAGGCUUUCCUGAAAGCACAAAAUGCUGCAAACUCAGACAAUGCAGCGAUAGAAGCUGCGGCUUCGCUCCAAAUAAAAGCCAACUCAGUUAUGCUCCAAGAGAUCAAGGGGUUCACUUUCCACCCUCCACUUGCCUCGGAGGACAUCCGUUCAGUCUUCGAAGAGCACCAUCCGAGAGAAGAAAUCAAUGAAAGAGAGAUAGUACCAUGCUCUGGAUAUGGGCCGAGCAGCCAUGCCUCCAAAAUCCACAUGGCGAAUGCUGAGACUGAUGUGUUCUUAGAAAAAGCAACUAUGCAAUGCGCAAAUGGAGCAAUAGAUACAAAUGGUGGUAAGGAAGAUGAUAGUGGUUGGGAAACACUGAGUCAUGAUGAGGAGCAGAGUUUAAGAAAUUCACCAGAAGGGAGUGUUCCAUCGGUCAAAGGGAUUUAUGAAGAAAGUAAUGCAUCAUCCAGUGGAACAGAAUGGGAGGAGAAUGGCGUUGAUGGCGAGCUAAAUAAUGAAAUCGGUGAUGUUCAAAACAGAAGACAUCCAAGAAAAAAUGUAUCCUCCAUAUCCAGGCUAUGGAGAUCCUCAUGUCCAAACAACGGUGAAAAUUGCAAGAUGAUACCAGUUGAAUUAACAAAUGGAAGGCUGUCGAAUGGAAAGAACUCCAAUGGAACCUUUUCUCCCAACAGGGGAUCAGGUGAGGUAGGUCUUAGCCCACCAAGCAUGGGUCACUGGAGCUCCCCUGACUCCCCGAAUCCUCAUUUAUCUCGAAGGAUGAAAGGAUGUAUUGAAUGGCCACGAGGUGCGCACAAGCAUAGCUUGAAGGUGAAGCUUUUGGAGGCAAGGAUGGAGAGCCAAAAGAUUCAGCUGCGGCAUGUCCUUCAACAAAAAAUUUAGCGUCACCAUUACUCUGGAAUCUAUGAAUCCAACUUAUGGGGUGACACCUGAUCAUCAGAGACCGGAUUCAAGCAACAAAGAACAUAUCUUUUCUUCACUGAGGCAGACUUUAUCGACAUUGCUGGGGUCUCUGAAGACAUUGUCUGCCUUGUGGGCUGGCUACAUUUACUUUUGCUACCAUGUUUUAUGCUGAUGCGAUGCCUUUGAUUCUCUGGUGAGAGUCCCUUGGCUCCAUCAACUGCAACUUUGUAGUGUAACCUUACUGCAUUAGGCAGCUAAUAUGGAGUUUUGUUGAAUUAUAGCAUGUUGUAUAUGUUGUUAAAGUAUAAAAAUUAGAUUUGGGAUCAGUACUUUUAAUGCAUUAACACCUUUGACCAGUUAA